CGAGAGGUGGAUCCACACCAAGUGGACGCUGCUUGCCGCACACUUUCCCUUCGUCCCUCCCUCUCAUACCGGGCCCCCCACCAGUCUCGCGUCCCCUCCUGCAUGUGAGCGUUCUGCCCCUACCCCGGGCGCAUCCUCACAUCUCACAGCCCCUAGAGGUCCCCAGAGCGAGUGGGACGAGUCUUGGCGAAAAACACAGCCGCCCUCCCCUCCACCAACCGAGGGAGUGACCCACCCAAAGGCGGCUCUCUCUUGGCUGUUUGUACGCGAGUAGAGCAUUUCCCCUGCCGGCCCUCCUCUGGCCGCCCUGCCCCGCCCAGCUGUGUCCGUAGCGGCCAAAGGGGCACACACCGCUGACUGACCGACUGAUCUCCAACCAGUCCAGUCCCCCCCCCCCACACCAACGUGUGUGUCAUGGCGCAGCCGGGUGUUGGGAUGAGUGCUUUGAAGAUGAAUCUGGCCCUCACCCUGAGGGCCAAACCGCAGCACCAGGCCACCGUCACGGGCAUCGGAUCGGUGCAAACCAAACACACGCAAAACCACAGAUAGAUAGAUAUGUUUGUUCGUGUGUGAAGUGUUAGUGUGUUUUGCAUCAUGAUGUGUGUGCGGAUGCAUUGCAGACGGGUGAGACAUUGGACACAUCUGCGCAGCAGUACCAGUGGCAGCCCCAGUCGGCCACUACCACCCCGCAGCGGACACCCAAAGCCAAAGCUGGGUGGGCCAAGCCAACCGACACACACCGCAGCCAGCCAGAUGGACGUGGGCCGGACAUGUGUUGUGUAUGACUGCAGUGUGAUGACGUUGGGUGACGAGAAGAGUGGCCGCAUCGACAAGAAGAAGGGCGGCAAGAAGGGCACCUCCGCCCCCCCGCCGCCCUCCGGAGUCGGCGGCACCAUCAGUAGAAGCGCCACCAAAGAAGACUCACAGUCGCCGACGUGACAACCACACACACAGACGGAGACACGACAUAGCCGCCGACCAUUGGAUGAGUGUCUUUGUGUGUGUGUGUGUGUGUGUGUCAUUUAGUGUCGGUGGGCCGCGUGCCCAGUCAGCUCAGCCGCAGCCAGCGGGUGUCGGUGAGGGGCCCGAAACACAGCCGGCUAAAAAGGCCGCUGGUGCCAAAAAGGGCUCAUCACCAAAGAAAGGGUCAGAGAGGGACGGAGGGAAGCAAAGCACGGAGAGAGAGAUGGUGCUCCGACAGCAUACCCGUAUGUGUAUGUGUGUGUGUAUGCGUGUGCUGUGUUCAGUUCUGCGAAGAAGAAGGCCGGCGAUGUCAAGACGAGUAAAGUGUCGUUUUCCAAGAGUGGCGGCCGGCUGUCCGUCACCAAAAUGAACAUGGAAGAAGAUAUGCAACGACUCAGACAGGUACACACACACACACACACACACACACACCGUGUGCAUGUGGUUGGUGCACCACAUGCACUGCAGACCGCUGAAGGCGGCCAAGCGGAGGGAGACCUACAGGAGAAAGGUAGGCGAGGCAUUUUACUUCACCCAUCUUGUCUGCAGUGCAUAAGUACUGACUGGCGGAUGGGAUAGAGCAGCCAUGGAAUGGACGUGACGUCUCUCUGUCACUCAGUAUCGAUGGAUGUCGAGGAUUACCACAAGCAGGCUGAGGAGCACCCACCGGGCACCACCGGCACAUCAGACGUCAUCAUGUCCCCCAUCCAGCAGCCAACUGACCAACCCGUCAUCAUCCAGCCCCACGUGUCGGUGCCUGUGGCGGUGCCCCCGCCCCCGAUGCCCAUCACCACCCAGCAGGAGGCACAACAGGGUGAGUCUUUGGCUGCGGCAGCUGCAGCACAGCUGCCGGCCCCACAAGUGAGUGUCACGCUGCCACCACCCAACAACAACAACAACAAGACACGAAACAACGUCAUGGUCUCACUCCCAAGCAUACCGGGUGGGUACGGUACGCCCACAUCCACUUAUGUACGCCAGACACAGAAACAAGUGUAUGUGUGUGUGUGUGUGUGUUGGCACGACAGAGGGUGAGCAGGCCCAAGUCAAGGAGGACGAGGUCAAGGGUGAGGUUGGUGUGGGUGUGGGUGGCGUGCCGGGCCUCAUCGUGACCGACAGCAAGCGCAGCUCAUCCAGUAGCAUGGACGACGCCACGCCCGCCAGCUCGGCCGCGGGGCUGUCGCCCGUCAAGAAGGACAUGAGCAAGAUGGAUAGCGAAUUCGAUCUCGAACAGAGAGUACAGGUAAGGUAUAUACAUAUGCGGAGGGCUCAUGGAUGGAUGGAUGGAUGGAUGGAUCCCUUCUCCCUUGUCCCUCCUCCCUCCCUCCCUCUGUCCUGCAGAUGAUGCAGAACAGGAUGAGUGCGUUGGUUGAGGCAGUGGAGAACCGAGACCACGAGGCCAUCAAGCGCAUAUCGACUCUCUCCCAGCAUCCCGGGGCCAAGACGGCCGCCAAGCCCGACCGCGAGCCCAUCCAGCGGGCCAGCCAGGUCACCAACGUGGCGCCCCAGUUCGCCAAGAAGAAGCGGGAGAUGGCACGCAUGGGCACCAACCCUGAUGUGGCAUUCGGACUGGAAGACAGCCAGGGCAGCCGAGCCGAACUCGCCAGAUCGUGUCCGCCAGACCAGGAGGAGGGGGCGGGUGGUAAGCGUCGCGUGACCAUAACGCUGCCGGACGGCUCUAAGUUGAAGAAGGGAGCCACGGGGCUCACAGAGUCGGGCUCAAGCGACGCCUGGGGCGAACCUGGCUCGCUGCUCGGAUCGCCCAGAAAAGACCAAGACCCGGUAUUUAGGAGGCUCGGGUGCAUGUGUACACAGAUCGCAUCUGUCUCUGUCUCGCCUCGCUGCUUGUGUGUGUGUGUUACACGGUGUGGUGUGUCAUGCGCAUCAAUCAGUUCAACGAGUCAGCCACCCGGCGUCAGUCGGUGCUGGUGACCGGGCGAAUGCACUCACUUAUGAGAGUCCUCAACGUAUGGAUGGAUACACAUACAUACACAGAAACAAACAGAGGCGCGCAGUGAGCAGAUGGGUGAAGCAUAUGUGUCCUCUCCUCUCCCCCUCCCUUGCGUCUGUCUGUCUAACAGUUUUUGCAGCAGGGUGACCAGGACGGUGAGAUCGAGUUGGACCCGGCUGAUGUGGACGAGUUGCAGUCACUCCACGUCCAGUCCACAUCAUUCGUUGAGGAGGACGAGCCCGCUGCCGGCGAGGGCGACACAAUAACCGCCACUCGAAGACUGAAGAGGGAGGAACUCGAAAAGGCAAACUCACACCACACCACACUCCACUACACUACACAUGAGACACGAGACACGACACGCAGAGUGCAAUGAAUGACUGAAUGAAUGAAUGAAUGUCCACAUACUAGCUAUCGUCAUUAUGACGUGUGUGUGCAGGAGUUGGAUGUUGUGCGUCAGCGUGUGGUUGAGCUUGAGUCACAGCUGCACGGCACCAAAAGAGACACAGACACACUAUCAGAGGCCGAGGUCACAGCUAGCUGUCACAUACAUAUACAUACCACACAUACUACACCAUCCAACACAUUCGGCCCACGAAACAAACAAGGCCUUUCUGCGUGUGCAGGUGUUGCGCACCCAGUUGUCGGGUGCAGAGGAGCGGCUUCGCGAGUUGAGCCGUCGUGCGGCGACCUUGGCAGAGCAGGUGGUGAGCCUGCAGGCGGAGAACCAGACGCUCCACACAUGCCUCAAGGACCAAAAGAAACACCACCAACACGAAUGCGCCGUAAGCAUACAUACACACUUGAUGAUUGGGAAGCGUGUGUAUGCUCUAUGAUGGAUGUCAUGGCUGUGAUGUGCUUGAUUCGACAGCUGCUGACCAAGGAGUUGCAGGAGGUCCGGCAGCACCUGGACAAGUGCCGUGUACAGGCAUAUGAGGUCAGGGGGGGUCCCCCGCACCCAUACAUACCAUACCCCCCACAAACAGACAGCACACAGAUUGUCACGUCUCUGUGUAUGUGUAUGUGUCUGUGUGUAUCUGUCUGUCUGUGUUUGAUUGGUGGGUCGAUCAAUCUAUCAGAUGUUUUCGAUGGAGAUGGACAACGGCAGGGCCCGGCCCACCGCUGCUGGUGGUGGUGGUGGUGAGCGGGAGCCAGGUGCCAACCUGAGGGGCUUGGACGAGUCGCUCAUGGGCAGACAACCACCGGGAGACCUGCAGGUAUCUGAUAGACAAACUCCCAUAUAUUCGUUUCUCUCUCUCUCCAUCAUGGGUGUGUAUGUAUGUAUGUACGUAUGUAUACAUUAUCUUGGCCCAAUCAAUGGGUGCCUGGCCUGCAGAUGUUGCUGUGUGGAUUGAGUGAGACCCAGGACCUGCUCAACAGCCUGCGGCAGUCCAUUAAGCACAGCCCGCGGUUCAAGUCACCACCCCCCCAGCCGUCCCCCAGGACAGUGGCACCCUUCGCCUCAGCAUCGGUCGCCAGCCUCAGACCCACACACUCCCCGCUCAUCGCCAAGGUCCCUUCCCCCGUCGUGCAGCGCAUCCACUACAAAGUCAUGCAGUCGCCACCCCCAUCCCCCACCCUCCCCCACCCAUCAUUCAAGCGUCCCCGAGGCUCAUUGCAGCUGGAGCAACACCCGCCCCCUCCGCCCUUCAUCCGCCCUCGCUUCAUCCAGACGGAGACAGUACCUGCUGUGUCUCUCUCGGCACCGCCCCCCAAGAGCACCUCCCUGCUGGCCAACAAGAAGAAAGACCACAGGGGAGACAGAGACAAAAUCGAUGCAAUCGACAUCGAGACCGCCGUGAGAGAUGUCAAGCACACCCACCCACUGCCGCCAGUAUCCGGCAGCCACCCAGGCAAGCAGGCGGCCUGCACCAUCUUCCGAUGCACCAGCCCCUGCACCCCACUCAACCAGGGGCCUCAGGAUUCAGCGAGAUACACGAGGCAGUUCCCCAGGGACAACACCACCAUUCAGAUACGGCAGAGAUCGCUGCGUCCCCGCCCAGAGCUGAUCCGGCCUCCUUUCAACCGUCUGCGGCCCGCCACCCUGUCUCCCCCGCCACUCAGACCCCCACCGCAUUUCGGUGGAGGUCCGAUGAGGCCGCCCCCCGGCCUACUGAUGUCUCCGGGCAUCGGCCGGCCGCCGCCCUUGUCGCCUCGUGUGAGUGUGUUUACACAGCAGCAUCACCGCUACCCGGACCAGCAGCCCAACCAGCAGCAGCAGCAGCAGCAGGUGCGUGUGGCGAUAUCGCCCUCACCGUCCACCAGUGCGUUGUCGCCUCCACAGCUGAGACCGCCGCCACCCACCUACACCUACUCGACCAGUGCCUUGGCCAGCUUCCCAACGCCGGCAUUGGGCACACCUGAGCCGCCGCACACCCUGCCGGCGGCGGGGGCAGGUAGGUAGAAGGGCCCGCUGGAACGGGACAUGACUUGACUGGGGUGUGAUCAUGUUUGGGGGUGUGGUGGUGUGGUGUGGUGGGAGACCGAGUGAUAGAAUGCUGUUGCCUGGUGGACUGGGUGGAUUGUGCUCACUGGUGCUCGAAUGGGAGUGUGUGCAUGGGUGUGGGUUCGGUUCAGGGGAGGCAGUCGGAAAAUGGCGCCCGUCUGAGUGUUGGGUGCCGUGCCGUGCCAAGCCAGAGACGAGACAGACAUGCGUGUGAGGACUCUGCAAUCCAAAGUUGAGGCGUGCGUGUGUGUGAGCACAGCAGGGUGUAGAUUCUUUUUCAUGUAUAUGUCUGUAAGAGUCUCGCGCAGUGCAAUGACCGACAGAGCCAGUACGUACGUACGUACGCACGUGUACGAGCGUACCGACCGUCCGCCUACAAAAC